UCUCUCCACAUAAGGUUCUGGUCAAAAGUUGUGCGCUAUACAGGGAAUGGUGUCACGGAAUUACUUGAUUGACAAAAACAUUACUCUGCUUGUUGGCCACAGCUCACAUUCGAGCAGCUCUCCAUGCUGUGUCUGAAGAUUGUUAAAGUCGUGACCCAGACAGCCCUCCGCAUUCUCCUACCAGCGCUAGCUCGUAUCAUGGGGGUGAACCUGAGGAGUGGGGCAACCUCCCCAGAAUCCCAGUGCUCUCUGACAGGGUCUGAGGAUUCCUUAGGCAGUCUGGAUGAGAGAGAGAAAAGGCUGCUGAUCAGUGAGAUGAACUACUGGACUAAGGAGAGGAGGAGGAAUGGCAGUGCAGGAUGCCGCCAAAAAUCCACUCGCAGAACCUCAUCACCAUGCUGUUCGCCUAAGAGGUCCCAGACCUCAUUGCAGAGCUUGCCUGCAACUAGAGAGGCUCCCCUCAUGGAGGAGCCUCUGAAGGCUCUUUUUGGGGUAACGGAAGAGAGCCUCCUGAUAUCCCUGGUUGAGGGUCACUCCAUCCCCACCUCCUCCAGCUCCUCCGAGUUGAGCUGUGCUAUCGUGGGGGACGUAGUACACCAGCUUAACUCUGGCCUCUCAGUGGCCAUUCAGGCCAGCUCGGGGAGUUGCCCCCCUAUGGACAGUCAGGACAUAGCAGCAGGCAAGGAGGUCAUUCGGGUAGCCUCGGUGCAGAUCCUGGCCGAGCUACAGAGCCAAACGUCUGAGCCAGAGUGGGUAGGGUUUAUCGAGCCCCUCAUGGACCCUGUGACCGAUGAUGUGCUGGUAGCCAUUGUCGGCACAAUGGACAAAAUGGCACAGGACUUCAACAUCCUAUUGGAUCUGGCCAAGAAGAUGACAAUCUUGGGGUCUAAAUUUCUGACCAAUCUUCAAUGUGACCUUGAUGUUGAGUGUCCUUCUGGGAAAGAAGGGACCACUCACUUUCUCAAAGAGACUGGAUCCUCUACCAGUGUGGCGUCCAGAAAGAUUCAGACCCUCUCUAGCCCCGACUUUCAGUCUAAAGCCCUGAAGGCGGUGAGCACCAUCCUUACAAGGAAAGUCAGCAGCUCUUCUGGCAUGGCUCCUUCCUCUUCUAGUGCUGCUCCUAGCCUUACUGAAGCCCCCCUGAAUACCAGCUGCACAGCCCUAACAUCUGUAACCUCCACUGCCACAGUGAUUGUUAAGGCAUUUGUGGGAGGCAUGGAGACGAUAGCAUCAUUUGAAGGCACAUGUGAAGCAGUUGAUUGUUCCUUGUCCAGCUCUUCAAAUGGUCCUAGGUCAGAGUGUGAGUUAGAGAUCAACCUCCCUGGCACUCCCAUCCCUGACAAAGUGUAUUUUGAUCUGACCUGCCCCAUCGUCAGGAGCUCCUGCAUCGACACCAGGGUCUCUAAAAUGCCAGAGAUUUCUUCAAGUGACCUAAAGACAAAGAUGAUGGAACACACAGAUGAACCCCUGCAUCGUAACAGUCCAAUGACUGACAGCAGCCGACCACCGAGUGCUAAAGCCUCUUUUCGAUCCUCCACUCCAUCUUUCACCAGCAAGGGAACCUCUUUGGUACCAAAGGGAGAUGGGAUUGACAUUGAAGAGAAGGAGGUGUGUAUCCCCAGCAGCUCUGGCCAUCUGAGGGAGCUCUUAAUCACCCCGGACAUCAGCAGUGCCACUGCAGUACUUGAUGGACUCCAGCAAAGAUGA